CAUGGAUGUUGUGUGUGUCUUACGCUAGCAUAGUACUCUGCAAGGCAAUUUUAGUUGUCCGUUACCAUAAAUAGCUACGCCAUUAGCUGGCUACAUCCACAAAGCCGAAUUUGUACCAACAGUAGUAGUGAGUAGUACAUGUUUUUUUUUCUCCAUAUGCUUUGUAUGCCAAGAUAUUUUAUAGUGAAUAUUGAAAAGUCAAUUUAAAAAGCACAGUAUUUCAAGCUGAAAUUUGGGCUUGGAGAGAAGUGAAAAGUAGCUUGAAAAUUAAAAAGCGCUAGUAACAUGUAUUCAGGUACAGCAAUCCACUUGAGUAGCUAAGUUGCUGUUGAAUUGUGUAACAUUGAGAGGGGUCUUCUAUUAAUUUAUAUCAGAGACACUUAAGAAUUCAUGAGCAUCACAAAGAACAGCCACCAGGGUGUUUGCUGUACAAAGCUGAAUCCAUACUUCUUUGGACAUGAUCUCAAAUCGUAUUUGUGCCUUAACAUAACCAAACCUCAUAUAUCAGAAGCAGUUUGAAAGUUUGAAAAGGCCCUGACAGAUGAGGAUCUGUACAAGCAGCAUAUGUUGUUGUUUAAUUUGGAGGGCUUGUUGUGCUGAAAUGAAUGAUGUUUAUGGGCUCUGACAGUGGAGCAGGCAUGGGAUAAACAUUUGCAUACUCUUUCCAACAGUCAAAUGGACUACUACUGAGUGGAAUAGAUGACACACUCCUGCACUCGCCUAUCUGUUUGAGCUCUGCUGUUGCUAAAUGAAUCUCCACAGAAAUGUUCCAAUGUUGUCCGCUCUGUUGGAGGAGGUUGACUGUUAUUUGGCCCGGUUAGUUGCUGCACAGUUUUUGUGUGUUGUGUUCAGAUAACUGCCAGGGUCACUGUAGGUAAAUCACUUAGACUUACUGUACUUGUUGGAGCACCUGCAACUUACAUUUAUCUUCUUAUUUGGCUGAUUGUAUAGUGGACACAAGCAUUGACACAAAUGGCAGAAAAAUGGUGGAAAAAAGAAUAAUAAACAAUAAUGUUCUAUCACCUGUGGAGAAGGGACCACUAACAAGAGCACAGAAAGGAAGUAACUCUUCUGUACUCAUGUGAACCUGUAAUAUAAGAAAUCACUGGGUGCUUCUCAGGGGCUGACAGGAAAGCAGAUGGAAAAUUAAUGAACAUUUGACUCCAUGCGUCUUUUUGCUUUUCUGUCAGGUGAAACUACAGAAUAGAAAGGGAACAGUACUCUGUGCCCUUCCAGUAAUGCACACGAAAUGUCUGGAUGCAAGGGAAAGAAGUUGAUACAUCACAUUUUAUUAGCUGAAACCAUAAAAUGUUUUUUCAUGGAAAGUAUCUCAAUUGAUAAAUCAGGCAUCAAGUCAAUUGGUCAGUUUAUCCUAGUGAUAACCGAUUAAUCAACUAAUCAAUAAAAUAUUUUUUAUAGGGAAGAUAACUCUGGUUGUUAUUAAAGAUGUAGAAUAGUAAAAACAUACAUGGAAGAUACAUGGAAGAUACAUACCCUCUAACAUGUGGAAACCCAACUCAGAACUUUCUCUCAAGUUCAACAAAGUUCAAAUGUCAUUAGGAAGUUUCUGUCUUAUUAGGGAAAACGAGAGAUUUAGUUAAUUUGAGCUCAUACAAGUUCAUCAGAAUUGUGCAAAACAUACUAUCUCCCUUGGUCUGGGAAGUAAACCCACACAGAAAAGGUGAGGCGGAUGCUCAGUUUUGGACUUGGCCAGAACAAGCAAGUUGUAAUGCGUACAUAAGCCAGACAUCGUGAGCGAUGACGGCAUAUUCAAAAUACCUCAUCACUUUGGGAUUGCUCUCUUACAGUCAGACAUUAAGCGCAGAUGCCAGUGGUGUCCUUCAGACUAAACAACCAGAGUAAUGAACGUGUUGUUUGGUUUCAUAGAACUUAGUGCAGCUUUGACCCCAUGGGGGAUUGGAGGCAUUGUGAGCAUGAUUCAGGAUGUGCUCAGAGAGUUUAUUUUAUGAAAUUUAUGUGUCCAUAUUUCCUUCAGACUCCACUGUGUAUUUUCUGUUUUUUGUUGAGGGUAAAGGUCAGCUGAUAGACAUGAAUAGGGCUCGACCACAGAUGUUUAACUGGCCUUGUUGGAGUCUUUUAAGUGAAGGAGAGUUUUGGGUGAAGUAAUGCUUAAUUGUUUAAGACUCUCUUAUAUGAAAUGAAUGGAAGAUUUUGUUAAGGGCUGGAACAAACAAUAUUGAUUAUCAAUUAGAAUAAAAAAAUAAUUGAAAUGAGCUUUCCGUCAUCUAAAUCAAAAGCAGAGUUGCAAUGCUUGUAUUACAUUUUUAAUAAAUUAUUAAACUGAAAUGUAAUCAAGAGUUGUUCUUACUAAUAGAUGUAGCAAUAAGUGGACACAUGGUAUGGAAAAAAGUGAUAGCUACAGUAGAAUUUGGUUUUGAUCUUGGUGAAUGACUCAUUGCCUUGGAUUCAAACAUUACAUCAAAAAUUGAAUCAAAGACCAACAGAGGGAGCGCUUUUAUUGAACUGAUCAGUGGAAGCACAGAAAUAUCAUGCACUAAAUUGUGGCACAAAUCUAAAAAUGCACAUUACAUUUUUAUUUUAGAAUUCUUGGGUUAGAUUGAAACUAAGUUUUUAUUUUAUUAUAUAUAUAUUUUUUUAUAACAUAAAAGUAUUUUUUUUAUGCCAAGAAAUCAAUUUAAUGUGUCCUGAAAAGAGCUGGUAAACUAUGGGAUUUUAAUGUGAGGUGGCUCGAGGCACAGUUGUCCCUCUGUUUAAUUUCUUGUGGCUUUGUUGGCCAGUUUGUUGAUUUUAUGUGGAAGCACUGGGACGUUUCCACUGAUGAUAGAAAGCAGGCAUGUUUCGGCUACCAUGUCACUGCCUCUUCUUUUUUUCACCCAGGAUUCAGCUCAGUCAGGAGUUGGGUAACUCAACUCAAAGUCAUGUAUACAGUAGCAACAGCUGAAGUGUGAUGUCACCAUUUUAAAGACUUGAGGUGGCCUGCAGUAAGAAACAGUGUUUUUUUGUUUUUUUAGGUGAUGUGUUGGUUGUAAAAAGUAACUUACCAGAGACAGACUUAACAGUUUUAGUCAUGGCAUGUCGGUCUGCUGUUCUGGCUUUUGGUCAGCUAGUCCGUUCAAGACUUUUCCAGACUGAAACAUUUCAGUAACUAUUGGAUGGAUUACCAAGUAGUUUCGUAUACAAUGUAUACAUAAUUGUUGCCUAGAGGAUGAUAUUUAGUGAACCCUUUACCUUACAUCUAGCGCAAUCAUCAGAUCAAAAUUAGUCUAGUAACAAAUCUGACUUAAUACCUGAUUUCCAUCAGCCUCAGCUGUACUUUGUUGGCCCAGCCAACAUACCAGGUAGCUGAUAUUGGCAUACCACAGAUAAAUUGGUAUCGGGUCAUGCAGAAACUUGUUUAUCAGAGAUUAUAGUGCAGAAAAGGAUGCUUGGGGUAAUUUAUAAGCGUUAAAUUCCUAGUUAACUAUAUCAGUGCACUGAGCAUUUAGCUCAAAGCCAUACAGAGCUGCUAGCAUGGCUGUAGAUUCUUAGCCUUGUUUUGUCAAACCAGUAGUGAAAGGCAUUGAUGAAGUACAGAAAAAUUAUAAAUUUGUGUUGACAGUAUUAAGUAUCCUCUGUAAUCUAAACAUUUACUUGUAGUGUCGUGGCUGACGUAUGCUGCCCUUGUCCCACUCAGAUUAAGACGUAGCUUCAUAACUGCUGUCAUAACGACAUGCCUGGUCUCGAAUGUUUGUUGGCAGUUGGUCAAAAGGGAUUAGAAGAAACACCUGCAGUUCCUCUGUUUAUUUAGUCCUCAUACUUUUUAAAGUCACAUCAACUUUAAAGUGAAGGACACUGUGUAGCUGCCAAGAAUCACUGCAUUCAAGUUAAAAUGGCCUGAACUUGUCUCACAAUCAGAUUACAGUGAAGCCCUUUGGACAUUAAUGUGUCUAGAGAAAUUCAGCAAAAGCAUUCAUGGCCAAGGGAGAAGGUAAUAUGCUGGCAGUUCAGAGUAGGAGAUAAAGCUGCAAACAAUUCCAAGUUUGCCAACAUGGUGAUCCCACGAAUUUUACAGCAGCCACAGUUUCCAUUUCCUGUUUCUGGAUGCUGUUUUAUGGCUUGAGCAUCAGCCAAAUGAGCUGUGUGUUUUGUAGCAUGAUGUAAAACAAGGAAGAAUCCUGUUGUGCUAUUUCUGUAUGUCUAAAAGCAACCAGUACUCUGGUUUUUAUUGAACUUUUUCUGUAAUUUACUGACCACACGAUUCAUUUUCUUGAGGAAAAUGGUUAUUUGACGAUUAUUAGUUGCAGCUAUGUGGAAAAGAAACUUUAAUUGGUAUUAGUAUUUUAAAACAAUGCCAUUUACAUUACAUUACAUUACAUUUCCCCCUCAAAUUGGACUCCCUUCUUGAUACAAAACUCAUUUCUGUUGGACCGGACCGUCAGGCAAAAAUAAAGUGAAAGCAUCCAGAAACAAAUAUAGCUAACCAUAAACCUACUCUGAGAAAUGGCCAACUCACCCAUGCAUUUUAGUUGUACUGCUACCGUAGGUAAUUGUUAUCAGACCUGAUUUAGACCUUGUAUCUUUGUACCUUUUUCCAAGCUUUUUUUAAUCUCUUCCAGAAUUACCGUGCACCCACAUUCUUUUCACCAUCUACCACAGAAGAGCAUUUCAUAAACCUACAGCUGUUUAUUGCCAUGUUAUUUCUAGUACUCAAGAGAUAUUUUCACAAUCCUACACACUUCAGGAUGCUUACACAGGCCGAAGCACAUUAGAUCAUUUUUAUCCUUUGGAAUGUUUACACAUGUUUUCUGAUGACCAGUGUUUGAGCCACUGCUGGACAAGAGUAACUACUGAACUCUUGGGAAUGCAAACCAUUUAAAACUUAAGAUUUUACUGAAGCUAACCUGCUAUGGUCUACUCUUAAGUCUUAAGUCUUAAGUUUAAAUAAGAUCACUCACCGUUGCUUACCGUUGCCUGCCAGUACCAGCAGGGAUUAACAGUUUUUGUAAAUUAUACAAUUCUGAAGCUGAUGCAGAGGGAAGAGCAACUAAGUACUUUCAUCUGAAUUACAGAACUUCAGUGUAAUAUUCACUUACUUGUCAUUUACUUGAAUAUUUGGGGUGGCUGAUAUGAACUUAAAUUUACAUUUACAUUGUGGUUUUGGUGAUUGUAUUAUGUCAUCUUUAAUACAUAAUUAAAAGGAACACGCCAUUAAAACAUGAUUUUAGCUCUUUCACUCUAUUGGAAAUGUAAGGGAGCAUAUCUUAAGAUAGAAAGAAAAAGAUAUAUAAAAUGCUUUGUUUACCUUCUGUGCUUAGUUUCCUUAAAUUGGUACUGCAGUUGAAAACAGUAUGUACUGGAUAUAACUGCAGUGGUAUGAGCCCUAUUAGCCUUUUAACGGCUCAUAAUUGUAUUGCACAUUAUUUUAUUAUGCUAAGACUUUAUGAUGGUAAUAAUGGUUUUGCAAUAUCCAAUCAUUUUAAUGUGAUAAUGCCUUUAACUUGUGCUGUAUUGAAUAUUUUUUUACUGUGGCAUUUCUACUCUGAUCAUCAUCAUAGAGAUCAGGAGCUACGAGUGACGCAGAACAUAAAAAAAAAACCUUGACUAUGAUUGGACCCUCCAGUCAGACAAAGGUUUAAUAUCUUUAUACAGAACGGAAUCAUGUUCUUGUAUGUUCUUCUAAACAUGUCCCACACUGACUGACUAAAUGCUGGUUAGCAGUGAAAUUAGGUCACUCCCCGGGGUCUUGUCAAUACAUAAUUAAAAAGGCAGGACACAGACUCACUUCCCAUGCAGUUUCUGCAUGUAUGAACCACUGUGGUGUGUCAGAGGCUGUGCUGCAGUGUAGAACAGUUAAUGAUGUCUUCUGUUUAAAACAUUACAUUUAUCUUUGGGAAAGAGGACAUUAUGAAUCUUGGUAAGACAUGUAACAACUUGUAUUUUUGCCAUAAAAUCCAAUACAUCCAGUUAAUCAUAUGACUAGAACUAUAAAAGCUGAGUAGUGAAAGGCCGGCUUGUGUUUCACAGACAGUCUGAUGUCAGUGGCUCCACUGUUGAGAGCGAGGAGUUUGCAUGACCAGCGGGUAACUCAUCCUCUGAUUCAUCCCCCACCUGGACAUCAGUGACCUCAUUUAUUAAAUUCUCUGUCUUGCUGUAAAACUUAAAAAUAGAUUUGCGUGUUAAACUUGACUUUGGUUGUUUCACACUUCAUACGCGGAUAUUUUUAUCUGGGAUUACACAAACUGUAUCCAAACCAACAAACCACAAAUGACAAAUCAAAAAAUACUGAUUAAAAUGGCCUUGUAGUUGAAACAUACUAUACAAAUAAAAAGCUUGGCCUGCCUUCCUAAAUGCUCAAAAUUUGUAGUAAAGGAAAUGCUCUAAAGGUAUGUAGAUGGCACAAACAGUAUCCUGUUCCUAAUUUUGGUUAGUUCUGAUUGGUCAACCAAUUUGAAUCGCUGAACUUUUCUGGAAUAUUUUGUGGUGAUUUCAAGGUCUGUAAUGAGGCUAACAGUAUUACACAGAUUUGUUUUAUAUUAACUAGUUAUUAUUGGUUGAAUAUUUUUAAGUGUGCACGUGUUCUGGUAGUAGAUUUCCACUGGUGCAUGACUCCACCUCGUGACUCAUCUGCCCUGACUCAAGUGAACCUAUUGACACUAUGUGCCUGUUUCCUCUCUCCACUCAUGCAGUCAUCCGCCAACUAAUGUGGUAACUAAUGCUGAAUGAAAUGAGCCUCUAAUCAAUGUGUUAGACUGUGCUGAAUCAGAUAACAGACAAUAGUAGAUAUGAUUGGCUUUAAAAUGAUUGACAUUCUACCAUAGUAAGCUAGUACAAGAAUCCAGGAAUAAAUGAAAUUCAUUAGUUUUACAUCACAAAAAGUCAUGAGUUAGUAUCUUUUGAUGGAUUUAUAUAUUGCUUUAUCAUCCAUGUUGUUAUCUCCAAAAUAGCAGUCAUCCAUUCAAAUAAACAAGCCUCAAGGGCAGAGGUGUGUUUUAUUGGCGUUCUUGGAUCAGGAAGCCCUGUUCAACAACUUCAUGACAAAAUCUGAGAUGUUCCAGGGCCUCCUGGGGCCUUGUUCUUUUUGGAAGGACUCCUGGAGAAAAGAGAAGAAUGUUUAUAGUUUAAGCUUUUAUAUCCAUUACACAAUUAAUGAGGUUGCCACAGGACAUCCUGACAGAGAUAUUGGAUAUUGGUAGCCUGAUAAAUAUCCACAGUGGGUUAGAAUACCUUAUAUCCAGUUCCUGCAGUAGACAAAUGGUUCAAAUUAGUACAUAUAAACAAUAUGAUUUCUUCAGUAGGAGAAUUUGUUAUAACUGGGCAGUGUUUUAAAGAUUUAAAAACUGUGCUUGAUCAACCAGCUGGGAAAGUUGCAAGCAAUCACUGAUUGGAUGAUAUCCACUCACUUGCACACUUUUUUGACUGCAGCGCUUCUCUAAGAAAUGACUUAUAACUGAUCUAUAAAGCAUCAACUGUUUACAUAUCAUUAAUUAAGCUAUUAGUUACUACCUACAGCCUUUUUAUAUAUGCUAGCCUUAUAAGAGAGCAGUGUCAUUUAAAAAAAAAAUCAAAGUAAAAGGAAACUAUCCAGCAGACCAUCAGAUCUUGACCUAAACUGUUGUGUCUCAGCUUCCUCACAACAACCUGAUUCAUCGCGUUGUUGUAUCCUGAUGUCGAUUUUUGGCCUUGGUUUUUGUUAACUUGCUUACACUUUGUCUUUGUCUGCCUGAGUCUAAAGCCUUUUGAAAGUAGAAGUCUGGUGUUGCCUUUAAAGUUAUAAAUUACGCUUGUUAUUUUCAGUGCCAAAAUUCACAUCUGCAGCACAAUACCAAUGAAUCCUGCAUGUGGAAUUAGAAAUCUCUGCUACUGAUGGCAUCCAUCCAUGAAUGACUUGUUUAAACAGUGCAGAGGUCACCUGGUACAAUAUUGUUAAUUUCAUCCAAAUCAUGCAACAAUAUUAUUGUUUGUACAUUUACUGAUUAGCCAAAAAUGCACAGAAAGAAAACUCUUGUCAGCUUUUGAAACAUUUGUACUCAUGCUAUUCAAGGUUUCCCUGGAAACCAAAUAUUUAAAGAUGGAAACAUCAGGCCACAGGGAUUUUUGACAAGGGGUCAGAGAACUGUCUCCAUUACUUCAAAACACGUGAAAGUGAUCCUCCCAGCUGUAUGUAUGCUAAAACUUUAGCAUAAAUUGUGUAUUCUGUCUUUAGUGUUUCCAAGAAAGAAGGCAAAGCUGAUGACAACAUCACUCAAAUAACCAGUUUGGAUAUUUCCAUGGUUUUCUUCUCAGAGGGGAGAUCUUGAAGAACUUGGCAGCAGCAUUAAAUGAAGGCCUGUUGGACUCACGUUGCUGAAGUUACACAAUACUAAUGGACCACAUGCAUGCUGCCUUGCCAAAUACACGUAACAAGUGUGAAAUUGAAUCUAUAUAAAACGCUUUAACACCAAAUCAGAGGGAAAUUCCUUCUAUGUAAAAUAUUGUGUCAGGAAUGAACCCUACACCAUCAACGGAUUAACAAUAACAGUAACAACCAGGAUGAGGCAGAUCAUCAUCUUUGUCUUUUUUUUUUUUUUUUUUUUUUUUGUGGAAUCCCAUGCAGAAUGCAACUCCAGACCAUGCUCAUUAAAUAUAUGAAUCAGUCCAUCACUUGUACUUGAGCACAUAUAUAUUGUGAGACGUUUAUCCUUCAGUACUCCAGAGGGCAGUAUCUGAUUAAUCUGAGAAAAAAAAAAAAAAAAAGCCAGAAAAUAGUGAAAAGCGCACAUCAGAAUUUUCAAGAUGGAAGAAACCAAGAUGGAUUUUUAUAAAUUGUGAUGACUAAUUUCUUCUUGUUAAGCAAAUAGAUGAACCAUGUUUAGCUCUCAUAUCGUCCACACUUGUACAAGAAACGUAUUUCUGCUGUUAAAACAUAACUACCCUGAUGGCUGAUUGAGCUGUUGGGACACUCUGGGCCUUUCCAGUAUUAACUGCAGUGAUAAAGAAAUCAUUGGGAAGUAUGGUGGGCGUUAACACUGUAGACAUCUCAGUCUCAUGACUAAUGCAUGGGAACAAGGUUGAAAAUUGGCCAGUUGUUCCUUUUAGGAAUAUGAUGUCAACUGAUGACACUCAGAGGUAACAUUUAACACCCUCAGAUUCCUGCAGGGAGACAAAAACUGAUGAAAUAGUCCUGAUUUACUCGUCACCUCCCUGUCUCCUGAUAACCCCUGAGGAAGAAUAACAUCCAACACUGAAAGUUAAAGAAGGAAACUUUCAUUUUGGUCCUGGAAAUUACGUUAGUGUUAGCACUGGCAAAUGAGCAUAGAGGAUAUCCGAAAGUCUUUUGUUAGUGAGAACUAAUAUAAAUCAGCAGGCCAACGAUUUUUUUUUUCAAAGAAUUCCUCCAGGACAGCCUCCUGAGGACACAGAACAAAGACGCCAGAGAGUAUCCAUGUCAGGUUUACCUCUGACCUGCUAACAACUUGCACACAUUAUUACAAAGCUGAGUAUUUACAACAGAUUUAACGCAAGACCUCAUACAGCUGUAUUUUACUGCCUUCUCUCCAGGAGCACAAGAUUUAUGUUUUAAUGUUAUGCGGGUUGUAAUUUAACCCAGGGGUCAGCUGUUUUUUUUUUUUUCUGAAGCCACUAUUUUCUUCUGUUUUGUCAUCGUAAAGACAACUGAAGUUAACUGCAUGGUGUCUCUGUUUUGCUAGUAGGCACGGUCGUUAGAAUGUAGUUAGCUAUUUGUUAGAAUUCAGCAGGGAUCAAGGGGUCCUUCGUGGUGAUGAUAACAAUUCUUUUGUGUCUUAUGUCACUAUCAAUGACAUUAUCACUUAAUGCUUUAUAAUGAAAAUAAAAUGUCUGCAUUCUUUAAAACAAACUGAUUUCAUGUUAUGAAAACUAAAUGAUGCUUCAGUCUACAGCAAUCAAAUAAAUUUAUUGGUCCAGACAUGUUAUAUGUUUUAAUAAGCUGUGAGCGGCUUUUAUAUUGUGGUGUGCACCUAUGCCUAAUUAUUGUGAUAUGUUUUGUCAAAUAAUGAGAAUGUUUCAUGAUAUAGCAAAAUUAAGUGAUAUAAUACAUGUUUCUAAGUACAUUAAUAUAAAAUGCAGCUAUACUAAGAAAAUGCAAUCAAUGUUUAUUUGGUUAAAAAAAAGGACAGAAAAUAAAAAUGUUUUUGAAUGAGCAAAAAGUUCAAAAUGUGAUUACAUGCCUGCGAUUUCUUGCAUUGAUUUGUAAAUACCAUAAAAAAGAAACAUGGCAAGGACUUCUCUUUAUUUGACACAUUUCAGAUUUAAUAAAAUCAAUUGCUGUACUCCUGUGAAGGCAGUCAAAUGAAAGACAAGCCCUGAAGUAGGCUGGGACUAAUGCGUUCAUGUGCUUGUUUGACAGAGUGCAUAAAUCUGUCAAAAUACAAAGCCACGUAAAUGAAUUAAUCUUUCCAUAAGCACAUAGAGACAGUAGGUUACACAGCACCGCCAAUAAAAUUAGAAACGCUUGGUAGCAAAACUUCAGUCCAAGUGUAGGACAGCAGUGUUCAGACCGCUUUACCCAGACAAGCAUGCCAGCUCUAAUCCCUCUCUGUCUGGAAGCACUGACCUCUUUUGUUCAGUUGAUGGCUUAUUACCGGUAUUGAUUUUGGCUCCUUUAUUUUACAGACUUCCUGCAGGGAGCCAGAUGACCCAUGCACAUAUCAGCUACUGUUGGCCACCGACAAUUUGUUCCACUUAAGAUAAAUUGUUUACUUCUUUGUUUUUUUGCUUUUACAAAACAUCAGACAACAGACUGAAUGCUCCAUUGAAGGAUAGAACUUCUCUCUGUUACUAGAUGUGGAUUGAGCUCGUGUUUUUGCCUUUCUAUCAUCAGCUUGAUGACCUGGAAGAUUCUUCCUGAAGACUUGAAGUUCAUCUGUUGCAGUUUAAUCAGAGCUGAAGUGGACAAAACAACUUAUACUGAGCUGAACCUCAGCCCGAGCUGUGAGGAAAGAUAAGGAGCUGGCUGAGGGAGGGCUGACAGAGCUGCCACCUUGGUGGAGAGGCUGCAAGACAGAGCAGUGACACAACAGAGCAAAGCAUAAUUUUCUUGGCUUCAAUAAAUGCAUGAAGACCCGGAGGAGCACCUCAUCUUACCUGCACGAGUACAAGCUCAUUCAGACACUACCAAUCACAGAAUCUGGACAAAGUCCUCCACCGCAGAGAUGCAACCCCUUUAUAGAGGCACUGUAUAGUUGGCUUCCUCCCAGUCAUAGCAGCAGAGAACCUUCACCAUUAACCAGGAUUGGCCUUAGUUAGAGGUUCAAACAGAUAUUUCAUUAAAUCCACGUCCCACGACUAGCAUGGGUACAAGAAGCCUUCUAGGCUGCCUCCUCCUGACUGCGUUGCUCAGUUUAUCAAACGCUGGGCUCGUGAAGAAAAUCCUCCGGCAUCGACGACAGACUGCGGCUUUACCUGAAGAACACAACAUCACCCUCCCAAGUGCAGGCCAUCCUGUGGUUUUCAAUCACGUCUACAACAUCAAUGUUCCCGCCAGCUCCCUGUGCUCAGUGAACCUGGACUCUCCAGAUAGCAUGCAGCUGCAGCCCAAAGACGCAGCACUGUCGCCAGGCCAUCACGCCACUGAGCAUACCGUCGAUGGAGAGAACCAGAUAGUCUUCACCCACCGCAUCAACAUACCUCGGCAGGCCUGUGGCUGUACUGAAAACCUGCCAGGCAUCAAAGACCUCAUGAGCCGGUUGGAGAUGCUUGAAGGAGAAGUUUCAGCUUUGAGGGAUCACUGUAAUGGUGACAGGGCAUGUUGCAGUGCGCAGGUCACAGGUGAGGUGGGAACUAAGCCCUAUUGCAACGGUCAUGGAAACUACAGUUCUGAAACCUGUGGCUGCUUAUGUGAGCCUGGCUGGAAGGGACCCAACUGCACUGAACCGGAGUGUCCCAAUAACUGUCAGAACCGAGGUCGCUGUGUUGACGGAAAGUGUGUGUGCUUCAAGGGUUUCACCGGAGAAGACUGCACACUUGAAGUCUGCCCUGUGGACUGCGGAGCACACGGCCAGUGUGUGGGCAGUACCUGCAUCUGCUCAGAUGGUUUCUUCGGUGAAGACUGCUCUCAAUCCAAGUGCCUCAACAACUGCCUGGGCCGCGGCCGAUGUGAAGACGGAGAAUGCGUGUGUGAUGAACCCUGGACAGGCUUCGACUGCUCUGAACUCAUCUGCCCAAAAGACUGCUACGACCGGGGUCGCUGUGUGAAUGGCACCUGCUACUGUGAUGAGGGAUUCACUGGGGAGGACUGUGGAGGACGCACCUGUCCCAACAACUGCCACGGUAAUGGUUUCUGUGUAGAUGGCCAGUGCGACUGUCAUGCUGGCUUCGGUGGAAAAGACUGCUCUCAGCUCAAAUGCCUCAACGACUGUAAUGGCAGAGGUAAAUGCUACAACGGGUUGUGUAUCUGCCACAUAGGCUACCAGGGUGAAGACUGCAGUCAGUUAGCUUGUCUGAACAACUGCAACAACAGAGGCCAGUGCAUAAAUGGACAGUGUUCGUGCGAUGUUGGUUUCCAGGGAGACGACUGCGCAGAGCUUUCAUGUCCAAGCAACUGCCUGCACAGGGGGCGCUGUGUUAAUGGCCAGUGUGUGUGUGAGGAAGGCUUCGCUGGUGAGGACUGCAGCAUCAGGACCUGCCCCUCAAACUGCUAUGGCCGAGGUGACUGUGUUGCUGGACGUUGUGUGUGCCAUGCAGGCUUCACUGGCGAGGACUGUGGUGACCUGAGCUGCCCUAACAACUGCCAAAACCGCGGUCGAUGCAUCGAUGGGCAGUGUGUUUGUAACGAAGGCUUUGCUGGAGAAGACUGCAGUCAGAAGGCUUGUCCCAACGACUGCCUGGCCCGGGGUUACUGUGUCGAUGGCAAGUGCAACUGUCAGGAAGGAUACUCAGGAGACGACUGCUCUGUGCUCGCCUGUCCAGGGAACUGCAACAACAGGGGUCGCUGCCUCAAUGGAAGAUGCUUGUGUGAGAGUGGAUAUGAAGGAGAAAGCUGUGCAGAGUUGAGCUGUCUGAACAACUGCCAGGACAAAGGCCGCUGCGUGAAUGGUCAGUGCGUCUGUGACGAGGGCUACAUCGGAGAGGACUGCUCAGAAGUGUCUCCUCCAAAGGAUCUUACUGUUGGCGAGGUCACCAGUGAAACAGUGGACUUGUCCUGGAAGAACGAGAUGCUGGUUACAGAGUACCUUGUGACGUACGUGCCCACCAGUCCUGGCGGUCUUCUCCAGGAAUUCACUGUGUCGGGAGACAAAACUGCUGCCACUGUGAAAGAGCUUGAGCCUGGCAUCGAGUACAUGAUCAGUGUCUACGCUGUUUUGAGCAACAAGAGGAGUGUCCCUGUGAGCGCGAGGGUGGCCACAGAUCUUCCACAGCCAGAGGGAUUGAUAUUUAAAUCAGUGAGAGAGACAUCAGUGGAGGUGGUAUGGGACCAGCUGGACAUCUCCUUCGAUGGCUGGGAGAUCUAUUUCCGCAACACGAAAGAAGAAAAUGGAAAAGUCAUGAGCACCCUCCCAUCCUCCCAAAACCAGUUUCUCCAGUCAGGCCUUGGACCAGGCCAGGAAUAUGAAGUCUCCAUCAACAUCGUCAAGAACAACACCAGAGGACCCCAAACAUCCAAAAAAGUCACUACCAAGAUUGACGGCCCCCGGCAGGUGGAUGUGAAAGAUGUGACGGACUCUUCGGCUCUUGUUGGGUGGUCUCAGCCUGUGGCUCCUAUUGACAGAAUAACCAUGUUUUAUGGGCCAAGCUCCGACCCUUCAGAUGAAACCAGAGUGCAGAUUUUCCCACCGGACAAACAGUACAGCCUUGACGGUCUGAGACCAGACACUGAGUACAAGGUGUCGCUCAUCUCCAGGAAUGGAGACAUCAGAAGUGACCCAGUGAUGGCCACAUUCACUACAGCCCUGGAUGCUCCCACGGGCCUUCAGGCUGUGUCACAGACGGACGACAGCAUCACUCUGGAGUGGACAAACAGUCAGGCUGACGUUGGCAGCUAUCGGGUGAAAUACAGUCCCAUCUCUGGAGCGAUUCAUGGUGAGGAGCUGUUCCCACGAGGACGAGGACAGACCACAAGAGCUACCAUCACUGGGCUUAAGCCUGGGAUAGAAUAUGGAAUUGGUGUGACAGCCGUAAAGAACGAGAGAGAGAGCCUCCCUGCUACCACAAACGCAGCGACUGACAUCGAUCCUCCCACUGAUUUCAAAGACGUCGAGUCCACAGAGACGUCCCUCACCUUGAGAUGGGCCAAACCUCGGGCUAAAGUCGGCAGGUACAGGUUGGUGUACGUCUCCAAAGAUGGCCAGGUUGAGGAAGAGGAGAUCCCAGCCACAGCAACGAGCUUUGUCCUGCCCAACCUGACUCCUGGAAUGAGCUACAGCAUCACUUUGACUGCAGAGAGGGGGCUCAAGAGGAGCACACCUGUCACACUUUCUGCAACCACAGCCUCUUUCACAUUUUACUUAGCUGACUCAGACGACCGUGAGCUAACGACUCCUACAGGCUCGGAGGACAAUGUCAUUAGCUUUGUGUAUUUAGACCCCUCCGAGACCCAGUUUUCUGGGACGGAGCCUGAGGACGAGCUUGGAACGCUGACAGUCUCAGGCAUCACGCCUGAUGGAUUUGACCUCUCGUGGAAACUGAAGGCUCACAGUCUCUAUGAUAGUUUUGCAGUAAAAUAUAAAGACACUCAGCAGUUGUGGGAUGUGAGCGAGGUCCAACUUCCUGGAGAUGCCACUGGCUCUAGAAUCAAAGGCCUGAAGGCAUCGACAGAAUAUGAAAUAAAACUUUACGGAGUAACCAGUAGCCAGAGAUCUGCACUACUUGAAGCUGUUGCAGUCACAGCAGCAAAGCCUACCUCUCAAGAUGUACUUACGCUGAGCAUCAAGGAUUCGUCAUCAACCCCACAGUCUGCUCUGGAUACUGAAGCAGUACAAAACUCAGAUCUCUUCCAUCCUUUAAACACCGAGGCUCCUUCCACUUCUGAUACUGGUGUGAUGGGUUCUGGGUCUGAGCCUGGGGGCUCAACCCAUGACAUGUUGGGGAACCUCACAGUCAAUGUGUCUUCAACUAAUCUAAGCCUGGCUUGGCUGGCACCUGACGAGGCCUUUGAUAGCUUUGUGGUGGAGGUCAGUUCUCCGUCAGGGGCAGCUAAAGCUCAUGUGACCACAACACUACCGGGAAGCGCGAGGAAGGUUGAUAUAGAGGGUUUGUCCCCCUCGACACAGUAUAAUAUCACAUUACAAGGGCUGGUGGAAGGAAAACGAUCUUUGCCUGUCAAAGUUUUUGCUACUACAGAGGAGCUGAAGCCAGAGGUGACGAACCUCACCAUAUCUGACAUUACAUGGGACGGCUUCACUGCGUCCUGGAGCCCCUCUGGUGGGGAAUUUGACAGCUUUGUCAUUGAGGUAACAAACUUGGAGAAUUUCGCAGAGAGCCAGAACCUCACUCUGUCAGGAGGCGCUUUCAGCCUGGGCAUCUCCGGGCUCAAUCCCAACACCAGCUACAUGGUUGGCCUGUUUGGGAUGUAUCAGGGCUCCUUCCUUGAACCCGUGUACACUGACGCCACCACAGUGAAUCAGCCUGUGGUUGGCAAACUAUAUAUCUCAAACUUAACGUCAGAGAGCUUUUCAAUCCUCUGGAAUGGCACUGAAGGAGAAUUUGAUGGUUUUAUCCUGGAGAUAAUUGAUUCUGAUUGGCUGAUGGAGCCAAAGGAAUAUAACAUAUCCCACAAUGUAAAGUCCCAUGAUGUCACAGGGCUCAGGCCCAGCACUGACUAUGUAGCCUACCUCUAUGGGACAUACAAGGGAUCCCGAACAAAUGCUGUCAGUAUUGUUGCAUCAACAGCUGAAGAGCCUGAUUUGUCCAGGCUAGUUGUUUCUAACAUUACCUCAGACAGAUUUUCUCUGUCGUGGCGGACAGGAGAAAAGGCUUUUGAUAACUUUAUAGUAGAAGUCAGAGAGUCUGCUUUGCCCUCGCAGGCGAUGGGGCGCGCUCUGCCUGGAGACGUGCGCUCCACAGUCAUGGCUGGGCUAAAAGCGAGCACAAGCUACAACAUAAAGCUUUACGCCAGUGCUGGUGGCCAGAACACGCAGCCCUUAUUUGAUGUAGCUACAACAGAGGAUGUCCCACAGUUGGGGCCCAUAACCGCUUCAUCUGUGAGCCCACAUGAUCUCAGUUUGUCCUGGAGCACAGUGUCGGGCCACUUUGAUGGAUUUGUUAUCCGGGUCAGUGACCCUGAGCAGCAGUCUGAUACACUGGAGUUCAGACUGCCUGGUGAAGCCCGUAACAUUACCAUCUCUAACCUGAUGGAUGCCACAGGCUAUGAUAUUGAGCUGUAUGGUAUCUCUCACGGGCGCCACACUCCCUCUUUGUUAGCCCACGCUGUCACAGCUCCUUUGCCUAAAGUGGAAAACUUGACCAUUUCCAACAUAACCCCCUACGGCUUCCGCGUGUCGUGGGAGGUGAAGCAGCAGCUGCAGCAGCAGAAGGAAUUAGCCCCCUCUAGUGGCGGCUUCAGCCACUUUCACAUAGUGGUGACAGACUCUGGCUGGCUGCUGGAGCCUCAAGAGUUCACUGUGCCAGGAAACCAAAGUCAGCUGGACAUCUGGGGCCUCAUCACCGGCAUUGGCUAUGAGGUCAGACUGACCGGGGUGUCAGAGUCAGGGCUUCUCUCUCGGCCUCUCACUACAGUGGCUGUGACAGAGGCUGAGCCAGAAGUGGAGCAUCUCUUUGUCUCGGACAUCACAGCCGAUAGUUUCCGUCUGUCGUGGACUUCUGAUGAAGACAUCUUUGACAGAUUUGUGAUCAAAAUAAGGGACAGCAAAAGAUUAGCUCAUCCUCAAGAGCUCAGUGUGCGUGGAGACGAACGAACCAAGGUUUUAACUGGACUCAUGAGUGGCACUGAGUAUGAAAUCGAGCUUUACGGGGUCACACUGGACCAACGCUCCCAUUCGAUUACUGGGGUGGCUCAGACAGGCCUGAGCACUCCACGGGGACUUCACUUCUCUGAUGUGACUGACUCCUCAGCUGUGGUUCACUGGUCCAUGCCUCGCUCUCCUGUGGACAACUACAGAAUCACCUAUCUGCCCUUUGAAGGAGGAAGCCCGAUGACGGUGACCGUUGACGGUGGCGUGUUUGAGGCUCUACUCUCCAACAUGAUCCCCGGCAAAAUGUACCAAGUGACUGUGAGCUCUGUGAAGGGUUUGGAGGAAAGUGACCCCAGCACAGACACUGUAACCACAGCUUUGGACAGACCUCAGGGUCUGACUGCAGUCAAUGUCACGGACUCCUCAGCCCUGUUGCUGUGGCAACCGUCUGUGGCCACUGUCGAUGGCUACGUCAUUACAUACAGCGCAGAUUCGGUGUCCCCCAUGGUGAAGCAUGUUUCUGGGAACGUAGUGGAGUUCGAGAUGGGCUCCCUGGUUCCAGGAACUCACUACACAGUUGGAGUGCACGCUAUGAAAGAAGCUCUGAAGAGCGACUCUGCAGUUACUGAAUUCACCACUGACGUGGACCCUCCUCGUGAUCUCACAGCUGUUAACAUCCAGACCGACAGUGCGACUCUGACCUGGAAACCUCCGCAGGCUGCUGUCACUGGUUACACGCUCACCUUCUCCUCCGUGGAUGGUGUAAUCAGGGAAGUGGUGCUCAGCCCGACUGCGUCCUCCUAUAGCAUGGCUCCACUGACUGGCUCAACAGAAUACACCGUCAGACUGCAAGCCAUCGCUGGAGUCCAGAGGAGUCGUUUCGUCAGCACCGUCUUCACCACCAUUGGACAGUUGUACAGACGCCCUCGGGACUGUGCUCAGAUUUUACUGAACGGUGAGACGACCUCUGGUCUGUACACCAUCUACGUGGGAGGAGAGGAGAGCCAGCCCAUCCAGGUUUACUGUGACAUGACGACAGAUGGCGGGGGAUGGAUGGUUCUCCUCAGACGCCAGAAUGGAAAGCUGGAGUUUUACAGGAACUGGAAGAACUACACGGCUGGCUUCGGGAACAUGAAUAAUGAGUUCUGGCUGGGUCUAUCCAACCUCCAUAAAAUCACAAAUUCUGGACAUUACGAGCUGCGAGUGGACCUGAGGGACAAAGGGGAAUCAGCCUACGCUCAGUACGACAAGUUUACGAUCGCAGAGCCCAGAACACGCUAUAAACUCUACAUAGGAGCAUACAGCGGAACAGCAGGUGAUUCCAUGACUUACCACCAGGGUCGACCCUUCUCCACCUACGACAACGAUAACGAUAUCGCUGUCACCAACUGCGCCUUGUCCUACAAGGGAGCCUUCUGGUAUAAAAACUGUCAUCGUGUCAACCUCAUGGGGAAAUACGGAGACACAAGUCACAGUAAGGGGAUCAACUGGUUCCACUGGAAGGGCCACGAACACUCAAUUGAAUUUGCAGAGAUGAAGAUCAGGCCGGCCAACUUCAGAAAUUUUGAGAACAGAAGAAAGCGAUCAUAGACUGGUGAACUCCGCCCCGUCUUCGCCUCGUCUCCACCUCCCACCGAGCCUCGUCAUGAACUCCCGCGUUCCCCCGUCCUUGAAUCAUUCUCUAAAUUACACACAAACACAAGACAAUCACACCGAAUGUCAUUCAGUUCUGAUAACAUCACACCAAAGACUCAAACAGUUAGCCGUUUUUAUUGUGUAGCCAUCCCAAUUUGGCAACUUUGGUUCAUUAUAUUUCUGCGUUCCAAGAGAAAAACAGUGAAGACUUUCAGCGUGAAUGGACACAAACCGCAACGACAGCAAACAUCUGUAAUCAUGAGAAUUAAAUGUAAAAUUGUGUAAAUGAUCCACUGAAUCAGAAACAUGUCAAAGGCACAUAGUCAGAAGGCGUCACAUCCCCUGAAGUUGUUCAGUGUCAUCAACAAGGAUACUUUGAAUAAAACGAUUCACCCUAAAGAAUAAAAUGUCAUUUAUAUUUACUGUACGGCCAAGAGACCAGUCACAUUUUGAGGCCACUGAUACCAUUGACUUCAUAUUUAAAUGUUGCUUUACUUAUUUUAAUAGUAAAAAAGGAUCUGAUGCUCUGCAACCUUUAAAACAAAUAAAAACAUUAGUUUGAUAAAA